CAUCAGAGGUGUGAUCUCUUGUACUGUAACCAAGCAAAGUACACUCGGGAUAUUAUGGUUACCGCGCGCUGGCAUACCGCCCUCAAACGUGCUCUGCAGGAGGAAGAAGGGAUGAAAAACGUCUUUCAGCUCGCAACUACCGACGUCAACACCACUCCAUAUGUUCGCAGCAAUGUCCUUCGGGACCAUAUCAUUCACCCAUCCUUACCUUCUCUGCCCCUGCUCCUCGCAACCACAGAUAUCCGUAUUCCAAAGGUCACUCAGAUUAAGUCCAACCCCAGCCACCGCGUGGAAGCGCAUUUCUGGAUCGAAGCCACAAACGAGCAAUUCCGCAUUUCGGGGCGUGCUGCUAUCUACCCCUCACCGGAACUUAGUGAGCAAAAAGGAAUCGAAGGAGUGGGGGAGGUGUAUGAUGCAUUCAGGAGUCAGGGAUGGAACUGGGAGGACGAGCGAAGGAAGCAAUUUGACAAUGUCGGCGCCCACAUGCGCGCAUCAUGGUGCCGGCCCGUUCCCGGUUCCCCCAUGAACUCUUACAGCGAUGCAGAGAAGUGGCCAGUCAAGAUCGCGAGACCCGGAGAGGAAGGGUACGACGCGAAGAAUUACGAGGAAGCGCUAGGACACUUCGCACUGCUUCUGAUUGACCCCGUUGAAGUUGACUAUGUCGAACUCGGGGUUAUGCCUAACCGGAGGACAAAGUUCGUUAGACAGGAAUCGGAUGGCGAGAGGUGGAAGGAGGUGAUCUUGGUCCCGUAAUUUUCGGGACCUUCCAGGGUUCCAUGAACCUUUUAGACUUGUAAAGGCAGAAACCAUUGUUAAACAGAAUUGGAUGUACGAUACAUACCACUAGCUAGACGUAAGACUCAGGAGCAUUGACACUUCACGCCAAUCGAUGCAUCAAUGAUCGCGGUCCAAUACCAAAAUUUCACACUGUC